GGACUUCGACUUCUCAACCUUGUUUAUACCCUGGAAUCCAUUGCCGUCUAUUUUUGCUCAAACGUUUGGAUACUUUGGCAUCUGAGAAGAAUCUAUGGAAGUCAACUGCUGAUUCACGGAUCAGUCUCUGUUCUCCAACGUAGUACCUAAAAGUGUUCAAGUCUUCUGCAUUUCAUUGUAUCAUCAAGCAGUUGAUGGUUGGAGUUGGACUCAUCAACUGUAUUUAUGCAAUUCCAUUGAUUAUCUGUGUUCUGCUAAUUAAUACCUUCUGUUCGAUAAAAGGUCUGACAGAGCUAGUAUAAGGUGAGAUCCAUAUGGAUUGGGUGAGACCCAGUAGUGUCUGUGGGAGUUGGAAGCUAAGAAGAAGAAGUAUGGAAGCAGUUGCAGUGGCAGUUGUUUUAGUUGCUACCUAUUCAAUCUUCAUGUCUAAGAAACCACGAAUGGGGUUGAGAUUUGAAAAGUCAGAUGGAUGUCAAUUUCCAGCAAUUUACAACUUUGGUGAUUCAAAUUCUGAUACAGGCUGUGUAUCGGCGGCUUUUAAUUGGCUUCGUUCUCCUUUUGGCGAGACCUUCUUUGGUAAACCUUCUGGCCGAUAUUCUGAUGGGCGUCUAAUAAUUGAUUUUAUAGCUGAAGAAUUGGGAUUGCCCUAUUUGAGUGCAUAUCUGGAUUCUAUUGGAACAAAUUACCAACAUGGAGCAAAUUUUGCUGCAAGCGGGUCUACCAUUCAGCAGACCAAUGCUAAUCUAUGCGGGGCAGGUUUUAACCCGCUCUCUCUUGACAUACAGGUUUUGCAGUUUGAGCAAUUCAAAGCACGCUCCAUUGAGUUAAGAACUCAUAAAUCAAAAACCGGGCGCCUCCCUAGACCCGAGGAUUUUCCAAAGGCCCUCUACACAAUAGAUAGCGGACAGAAUGAUCUUCAUGCUGGGCUAAUAUCAGUAACAGAGGAGCAAGUACUGCUAUCUAUUCCUGAUAUAAUCAACCAGUUUUCUUUGGAUGUAGAGAAACUCUACAAACUAGGAGCAAGAGCAUUCUGGAUACAUAAUACAGGUCCAAUUGGCUGCCUGCCUUAUCUGGCGCUAACUUAUUCGCCAAAGCCUGGCAAUAGAGAUCAAAAUGGUUGUGUGAAGUCCUACAAUGAGGUGGCUCAAGAGUUCAACAAGCAGCUUAAGGAAAGGGUGUACAAAUUACGAACCCAACUUAAAGAUGCACAACUUACAUUUGCCGACAUCUAUUCAGUUAAAUACUACCUGAUCAGCCAUGCAAAGGAGCAUGGUAAGAGUGAUUAAUCAUCAUAUAUGGAAGGGCUAUCCUAUACAUGUCGUUCUCACUUCUACUUUCGAUAAGAAUAGUUUUAAUCUCAGAUUAUAGGAUCUCAAAGGGCGGGAUUUUAUAAUUCAUUCUACUUGAACUGUUAGUAGAGAUCCUACGACCCCCUGAAAGAAUUGGCUUUGAAUUAAAAAGAAUAUAUGAUAGGUAUGCAUAUAUGUUUUGGCAUGAUUUUUAAUUCUUGAUACCUGCCGAGAUAAAAAAAAUUCAUUGGUAACCAUCAACAAUGGUAAUUCCAAGUUAUUCAAGUUUUUGCUGCUUGGUCUCUCUCUCUCUUUCUGUCUCUCUGUCCCUGUGUGUGUGUGUGUGUUUCUCUCUCUCUCUCAUUCUUCUGGUAUAUAAGGAUUGCAGGAUUUGCUAGUCCUCUUGGGUAUUGCUGCGGACACAUUGAGGAUUAUUAUGUUGAAUGUGGGGACACAGCAAUAGUGAACGGAACUGAAGUUUAUGGGGCUGCUUGCCGUAAUCCAUCUGAAUACGUCAGCUGGGAUGGCGUACAUUAUACCGAAGCUGCUAAUAUAUGGGUAGCCAACCACAUUCUUGAUGGCUCAUUCACUGAUCCUCAGAUUCCGAUCAAAGAAGCAUGUCAGAAGCCUCUGUAACAGCGAUCAUUAUUAGCUCAAAAGUCUAGACUUGCAUAUAUAUAUAUAUGUGUGUGUGAGUGUGUGUGUGUGUGAAGAAAGUA